AUGUACAUUUAUAGGCAAGAGUGGAAUUACAGAGAGUUACGAUUUGCCCGUACUGUCAUCUUCACUAUUGAGGAGAUUAACAGGAACCAAAAGUUACUUCCAGGACUUACACUGGGUUAUCGCUUGUACAAUGGCUGUGGAGGUCAAAACCUGAUCAGAGCAGCAAUAGAGUCUUUGGAUGGGGAGAGAUUGAGCUGCAGUGGUCAGAUGAUCGGCCUGCUUGGUCAUUCAUCUUCGGGGGUAUCCCAAUUCAUCAAUUACAUCUUUAGCUCCCUGUCUGUGCCACAGGUAAGCCAUCUUUCGACAUGUGCCUGUCUAAGCAACAAGAAGAUAUACCCAACUUUCUUCCGAACUGUGCCAAGUGACUUCUUCCAAGUGGCUGGUCUGCUGGAGCUCAUGAAAUACUUUGACUGGCGUUGGGUGGGAAUUAUUUAUUCCUCAGAAUUGUACGCUAUAGAAGGCACAGAAAACUUUAUAAAGUUGUCCAAACAAUACAGUAUAUGUGUUGAAUACUACCAAAUCUACUACAAAAAAAAAGGCAUGGAUUAUGUUGUGGAAAAACUGAGAACAUCCACUUCCAAUGUGGUACUGUUGUUCAUGGGCUUGUCAUAUACCACAUCCUUUCUUUCACAUUUUGAUGAGUAUAACAUCACUGGAAAGCAAUUUAUUGGCAGUGAGUCGUGGAUCACUCAAACAAAACUAGGUUCUAGGGAGAGAGUCAGCAUUUUACAGGGUGCAAUGGGCUUUGCCAUUCCUGAAGCUACAGUGCCCGGUUUGGCAGACUAUCUGCUCAGAUUAAAUCCACUAGAGGAACCACAGAGUGAAAUAGUCAGAGAAGUGUGGGGAAAUAUCUUUGGCUGUACCUUUACUCCGUCCAACACCUCAAAGAUGUGCACAGGCUCUGAGGACCUGCUGAGUAUUCCAAAUGAGUACGCCGCCUUCACAGAGCUGAGGACUGAGAGUAAUGUAUACAAUGCAGUCUACUCAUUUGCCCAUGCCCUCCACUCCCUGCUCCAGUGCAACAACGGACUCAACCCCACCACUGGGAAGGCCUGUCUCAGCAAGGACCAGGUCCAGCCUAAAGAUCUGCUAGAACAUCUACAACAUGUGAACUUCACCACAAAUACUGGUGACAGGGUGUUUUUUGAUCAAAAUGGAGACCCUGCUUCUCGCUAUGACUUGGUGAACUGGCAGAUGAGCGAAAAUGGCUCUGCUGAGGUUGUGAACAUUGGAGUUUAUGACAGAUCUUUACCAGAGGGCGCCAGUCUUCAAGUGUUAGAUUCCAAGAUAAUAUGGGGUGGAGGAAAAAACAAGAUUGUAAGGUCUGUUUGCAGGGAACCGUGUCCACCUGGGACUCGCAAAGCCAUAAACAAAAACAGGCCUGUGUGCUGUUUUGAUUGUUUGGAAUGCCCUGAAGGGACAAUAAGCAACCAAACAGAUUCUGUGGACUGUGUUGCAUGCCCACCUGAGUUCUGGCCAAAUGAAAACAAGGACAAGUGUACAUCCAAACCCACUGAAUACCUCUCCUACAAAGAGGUCAUGGGCACUCUGUUAACCACAUUCAGUUGCAUUGGUAUAUUUCUAUCUUUUCUGGUCUUCAUCAUUUUUUUCACACAUAAGGAAACACCAAUAGUGAGAGCCAAUAACUCUGAGCUUAGCUUCCUGCUGCUCUUCUCCCUGAGCCUGUGUUUCCUGUGCUCUCUCACCUUCAUCGGUCGUCCCUCUGAGUGGUCCUGCAUGCUGCGCCACAUUGCGUUCGGCAUCACUUUUGUCCUCUGUAUCUCUUGUGUUCUAGGGAAGACUAUGCUAGUUCUGCUUGCAUUCAGAGCCACACUUCCAGGCAAUAAUAUGAUGAAGAAGUAUGGUCCUUGUCAACAGAGACUUAAUGUGGUUAUCAUAACUUCAGUACAGGUGGUCAUUUGCACACUGUGGUUAAGUACAAACCCGCCAAGUCUAAAGAAGAAUAUGAAGUACUACAAAGAGAAGAUCAUAUUGGAGUGUGCGCUUGGAUCAGCUGUGGGCUUCUGGGCCGUGCUAGGAUACAUUGGAUGUCUUGCACUACUGUGUUUCAUACUAGCAUUUCUUGCCAGAAAAUUGCCUGAUAGUUUUAAUGAAGCAAAACUCAUCACCUUCAGCAUGUUGAUCUUCUGUGCAGUCUGGAUCGCUUUUAUUCCAGCUUAUGUCAGUUCUCCAGGAAAGUUCACUGUUGCUGUGGAGAUAUUUGCAAUACUGGCCUCGAGUUUUGGAUUAUUAAUAUGUUUUUUUAUCCCUAAAUGCUAUAUUAUAAUAUUCAGACCAAAGCAAAACACCAAAAAACAUAUGACGGUAAAAGCAAGGGCUUUGUAA